AUGGGUCAAGGAGCUAGUAAAGGACUUAAAGUGAAGGUCAACAAUUUUAAGAAAAAGAAAGCACUUGCUGAAGUUCCACAGGAUGCUCAUAAGGAACUCAAGGCUGAUGUUUGUUGUUUAUGUAAAAAGGAAGGACACCAUCAGAAAGAUUGCCUGAAACGUAAAGUUUGGUUUGAAAAGAAAGGUAUAUUUAGUGUUUUUUUAUGUUUCGAAUCAAAUUUAGUAGAUGUUCCUAAUAAUACUUGGUGGCUUGAUGCUGGUGCAAUUACUCAUGUAUCCACUAUGUUGCAGGAAUUCAUUACGAACCAACCCACAAAUCCAUAUAAGGACUUCGUGUUGAUGGGAAAUCACAUGAAGGCUCAAAUUGAAGGCAUAAGGACUUAUCGAUUGAUCUUAGAGACUGUACAUCACCUUGAUCUAUUACGGACUCUUUAUGUUCCUUUAGUUUCCAAAAAUUUGAUUUUCCUUUCAAGACUUAAUGUUUCUGGAUUUGAUUUUAAGUUUGGACAUUGA